AUGAAGAAAUUAUUCAAAUCGAUUGAUUUAAAAUUUCAGUAAUAAUUUCCUUUUGAAAAUUGGUAAAAUCGCGAACGAAUGAAUGCGAGUUCUCUUGGAAUUUGGUGAAUUCUUUUUCCAAUCGUUUUCACGGUCUCUCCAUCAACGAUCAUCGUAACAACGAAGUUUUAAAUCCACUGUUAAAAGUGGUUUUCCACUUGGUUAUCAGAUUGUUGAAAGUCGAUCGAGGGUUGUAUGUAUAGUAACCGAGGGGUCCGAGCGCUUGCGAGAGCGCGAUCCCUCUGGUGGCGAGCAUGAGAAGCGACGCCACAUUACCCGUAUCAGAUUAUUUGUUCUCUCUUUGCGAGAGCGUUACGUACACGAUCUUUUAUGUCCGGAAUGCCCUAUAAGGCUCGGUGUCUUUUGUUUCAGUUUUUACAAAACGUAUGAAACUUGUUUAUCUUUGGAAUUCUAUAACUGAGUACGAAGUAGUUUGCCGUAACUUUUUUUUGUCUUAACCCUUACUAUUUGUACAAUUUUAGCUAUAACUUUGUACUUUUUUUUUUUUUUUACAAAUCAUCACAAACGUUAUAGGACAAAUAGAGAUUACAUUUUUAUUUGUAAAUUGAAUAUUUUUAUUAUUUUUUAUAUGCAUUAUUUAUUGCUUUUAAUUAUGUACGAACUCGGUUCAGUUGUAAGCAAAAAAAUAUUGGCCAGAAAAGUAAUUUUGUACAAUCAGCAAGGAGCUUUCCAAAGUUCGCAACCUUCGCCUAAUCAGCAGAGCAAUUAUAAGCCAGGAGGUGUACAAAAUUCGCAGCCGUUCAAGCCGCAAACCCCGCAAAUACAACAGAUACAAUCAAGAAAUUUGCAACAAGGAAAACCUCAGCAACAACAACAACAACAGCAACAACAGCAGCAGCAGCAGCAGCAGCAACAACAGCAACAGCCGCCGCAACAGCAAAUGAAACAACCUCCACAAUCUAUUACAAGUUCACCUCAGAUUCAACCUCCGUCCCAGUCACAACCUCAGUCUAUCCCUCAGUCUCAAUCACAACCUCAAACUCAGCUUCAAUCUCAAUCUCAAACUCAAGGUCAACCCCAACGGUUGAAGCCAAUUUUGAAACAGGUCUCUUUCCACAUUUCGCAACAACCCGCGCCAGUAGCUCCACAAACUACUUCUGCUCCACCUUCUCAACCGCCGGUCCCUGCUCCGACGCUCCCUCUGGCAACUAACAAUAUCCCUACGCCUCCAGUAAGUAAUAACACCGCUGAGGCAAAAAAUGAUAACGAAACGUCCGACGUUACCGAGAUGGAAGUGCAAGAUCAGCAACCAAGAUGGAGACGUAAAACACCCGGAUUUAGGGUAAAUAAGAGACUGAAGCGACUUCGUUUGAACCAACGAUUGAGGAAAACAUUACAGCCAAAGAAUGCGAUCAUGGUACUGAACGAAAUGAGAGCCGGUGUGCAAUUUACAUUUCCCGAGACUCAAGGAAUGCCGAACUCUCUUUAUUUGGUUCAUGCAGAGCUAGAUGGGAAAACUUUUGUUGGACAAGGAUUAUCGAAGCCACUUGCUCGACAAAAUGCUGCUGAAAAUGCAUUAAAAGCAUUGCUACUCGAAAAAAUGACAGCGGUAUCGAUGAAAGCACGUAUCGAUGCUGAAACAGAUGGACAGACUAAUCAAACCACGGAAACUGCCAUUGCUUCAUUAAAGGAUACUACGAAUGAAGAAGCUGGAACACCAAUGGACACUACUACUGACGAAAAUGAUGAAAUCCCAUGGAGUUCUUUGGCUAGUUUUGCAUUGUAUAAACUUUUCCUUGAAUGGCAUAAUCAAGGAACAUCGGUUCCAGUUCCAAGACCAGGAUUACCAUCGCCUGUCAAAGGAAUUAAAAGAGAAAUCUCUGCCGAGGCUCCAAAAACUCCAGUACAAAAAGAACUCCCACCGAAUGCCACAAACAUACAUCCUGUUAUGUUAUUGAACCAAAUGAGACCAGGUUUAACAUACACGGAAUUAAAUCGUGUUGGUAAUCCACCUAACACAAUGUUUACUCUUGCUGUAGAGAUCGAUGGUAUUGAAUAUACAGGAACAGCAAAAAACAAAAAGGACGCCAAGAAGAUAGCAGCGAAGUCUGCGCUCCUGGCUUUAUACGAUUUAAGCUAUCCCGAUGAAAAGACAAUGCAAGAUCAACUGAUAGCUUAAAUGUCCAUUCAUGUCCAACGUUAACGUUUGUAAUCCGUGCAAAAUUGUGCUAAUAAAACAUAAUUAUAUGUUUCAAUUUUAUUACUUCGAUUCAUACACUAUGCGAAUUCUAAAGAUUGUACCAUUUGCAAUAAUAAUGUAAGAAUGAAUUUCCCGUCGAUAUACAGUAAAAGUUGAAUAUAUGCCCAAAAAUUGAGACCUCCAAGCUAAACGUUCAUGAUGAUGAUUCUUGAAACGAAACCUGGACGUGAUUCGUAAGUUGUUGAUCGGUUCUAUCCUUCCUAAUUAUUGGGGGGAUCCCCCUUGGAGCCAGUGAAACAUAAAAAAAAAACGAUAUGAGCUGGGAUAUGCCAGUGACGAUUUGUAUAGAGAACCAAUGCUUUUUCUCUCUCGUUCGUACUCACUCGCUGUCCUUUUUUCUUUGGUUAUCGACUACGGCCAUCGGCAAAAGAUAAAGGCAACUCCGAGGCUCGAUGAUACCGCGGUGUAUAAAUAUCUGCUGAUUUCGAAUUUCGUCUCUGCUGUACGAAAGACGAACAUGCCAACACCGGAGUGAUGCCAAUCUUAAGAAUCAUUACUGUAAUUAUAGAAACAUUUCGAGUCGAGUGUCGAACGUAGAAAAGGACAACGAGUAAAAAAUGGGGGAAUUCCCCUUAGUAAGCGGGGAUGAACACACCAGGCAUUUAUUCUGUAGAUCAGUUCGGACAUAAAUGCAACGUUCACUGUAUAUAGAAUUGAUCUAUAUGUGCACGACUAUAUAUGCUAAUUAAAUACCCGUUAUAUCGUGAAAGGCUUACCAAAGUAUUCUUUCAUAUAAAUUUAUUCAAUGUUAUAACACAUACGAAUAGGCAAUUUCAUAAAGCGUACGGCAACAGAGGUAUACUGUAUCAAAGUGAUCAUUGUAAUUCUUUUAUUAAAGCAAUUGUAUGUUUUUAUAUAUGUAUUUCAUUUGUAUCUACAAUAAAGUGACAUCUUAGUAUUGAUCAUUACACAUCGAUUAAAUUGUAAAAUUGUUUCAUUAUUAUUAAUUUAUUCUGAACACACGGCAACUACCACUAAUCAUUACCAU